UUCCAUUUGAUAAUUUUCUUAACGCGCUAGCAGUUAUAUUUUCGGCGAAGGAGUUUAAUAGGCAUAAAUAUUAUAAUUUUUUUUUUGUGCACAGUAACUCGAGAGAUUUGUGUGGCGCUUUUUGAAAAACGGAUAAUUAAAAUACGGUGGGAUGACAGUUAUUAAAACGACGCAAUUGGCUCGACAAUUGAGAAUUGUUAUAGCGUAGUUCUGUGUAUGGGCAGCCGUAUUUGAAUUAGAAAGAAAGGAAAAAAGUAGACGGCAUGAGUGAACCAGAGUGGGCAUCCCUAAUCGCACUAAUCUGGGAUGAAGGACUUGUCGUUCCGUCUGAUAAGGAAAUUUAACCUAGCAACUAUGCUAUGAACUAGGCCUUAAUCGAAAUCGGUGACAAUUUGUCACUCACUCAUCAUAAUAUUCAUUGCUUGUGCGGCAGCUGCUCCUUUUAUUGACGACUACGCUCAAACUGGGACAAGGUGGUUCUUUCGACGUUUAUUUAGUUUUUGUUAUCAUCAUUUGGUGAAAGGCAGAAUUUCACGGUGUUUUAAUCAAAGGAUAUUAUCAAAGUGAAGAAGAAAAAGAGGAUUCAGUUUUGCUACUUACCCUCAAUCAGCGCAUAUCAGCCAUACAAUGUUUGGUUAAAAGGAUUGUUUUGGGCUGAUUCGACAACAUCGAAUUACAAGGUAGCACGCGACUCUAAGUCGGGAUGCACAAUACAGCGUUUAAUAUCUUUGUUAUUAUUUUUCACGUAGUUUUAACCUUGGCAACUUUGUUUGGAAACUGUUUAGUCUGUGCAGUGAUAUGGAGGACUAGGGCUCUGAGAACAGUUCCAAAUAUGAUAAUUUUCAGUUUGGCCCUCGCCGACUUGCUCAUGACAAGUGCUUUCGUGUACCGAGUUGUUAAUCGCAUGAGUGGUGAGGAGUCUCACUCAACGUGCCACGCCAUUUCAGAAAUUGCUUUCUGUACAAUCUGUGUGAUAAUUCUACAUUUGACAGCCAUCAGUAUCGACAGAUUUAUCGCGAUAAGGUUUCCACUCCGCUACAAAACUAUUGUGACGGGGAAACGAACGAAAACUGCACUUAUUGCCAUAUGGCUACUCCCUGUGAUAGGAACUGUUGUGUCUCCUCAUUCGCUUCCCGACGCAGAGUACGAAGACUUCGUCGAUUACUAUGAUUCAUUUCAUUUGUGCUUGUCAUAUCAUGAACACAAAUUCAAAAACACAUCGAAAAUCUUUGCUGCAAUUAUAAUCUCAAUAUACAUCGUUUUGCCUUGCACUUUGACUGUUGGUAGUUACAUGUAUAUCCUGAAAGUGUCACGUCAUCAACAAUUAAAACUUAAACAUGAUGCUCACUUGGAGGGCGAAAGGAUGAGAAAGCUCGAGAUUAAAGUAGCAAUAACAUAUGGUAUUAUCAUCGGCGCGUUCAUGGCUUGUUUUUUACCCCUCUUAAUAGGAACUCUGCACCAACAGUUUAUUGGCAAUGAUGAGCGAGAGGAAAUGACUCGUGUCAUGACGAUUUUAUCAUUAAUUGCAUCCAUCAGCGCCUGCGUCAAUCCAGUGGUUUAUACUUGUAGGAAUCAAGAAUUCAGAAAGGCCUUCAAGAAAAUUUUUAAAAGAGGAAAUCAAGAGAUUGGCAACGAACUGACAACCUUUUCAAGAUAUUGAUAAACUAUGCAGUCAAGAAGAGGUUUUGUUUACUGGAAAACAGCAUGGGACCUUCUCUCUCUCUUUUUUUUUUUUUGCUUUGCGCUACUUUCGCGUCUCUAUAACUAAUUGGACACCGAGAACAGGUUCAACUUGAAAAAGAGAAUGUAAUUUUAUACGACUUCUGUUGUCCAAGAUGACGUACUGCUAACCGAUUGUUAACAGUGACCAGCUGUCCGAAGCAAAAGAAAAAUUAGCAAAUCGACUUUCGAGACAAGGGCCUAAAUUUGCAGGCGUUUCCAUAAACAAUGGCUCAAACUUUUUUUUGUCUGAAUCUCCAAAGUCUUCAAAGGUUCAACGGUUCCAUAGGCAUCGCUUUGUACUGCCCCAGGUCUGACUCUGGGCCUGUGACCUCUCUAUGAGGAGCCUCCUUCUACUUCAAUUAAUACUUCUCUAUUUAAUGGAGUCGCAUCACAAAAAAUUCUCAAUCAACCAAUAGUUAUCGGUCGUUUACAGUUUGCCUCGACAGCUUUUUCACUGAUUUACAUGUUGAAACGUGCGUUACUUAUUAACAUAAAGGUAAACACAUUCGUUGACCGCUUUCCACUGAACAAAGUAGUCUAUUCUAUCCGUGUAACGCAGCACGCCGGGCAAAGUUCUGCGGUUCCAUCAAUCAUGGUUUAAACUUUUAAUAAUUUUAAAUUACAAGGUAAGUUUCGCGAUUUACGGCUAAUCAAGUACGAUGUGUAACCUCAGAAUUAUGCUGGAUCAGUUACAUCGCAUUUACAUGUAUCUUGAGCUGGCAAUAUGGUGUGCGGCGUUUUGAAAAAUCACAAAUCAUUACAUUUACAUUGUAGAGUGUAAAGAUAUGAUACGAGAUCACAGAUGUAUGUUUUCUGUUUCUGUUUUUUGUUCCUUUAUCGAAUUCUGUCGACGUAAAAUUGAAGACCAUCUUUCGGAUAUUACUUUCUUCUUGACAUUAAUGUCGACAAAAGUUGAAAGGUAUAGCUGCAGCGGGUUGAUAAGCUUUGAGAACAGUUGCACAAUAGGAAAACAUUUGUGGAUGAAUUCAGUUCGAAAAUUUACUCGCUGUAGUGAUUUUCAAUUAAAUUUUCAAAUUCAA